AUGCGAACCAGAUUCGCUUGGACGCUGAUGAUGUACGGUGAAAAGCACUGGCCUCCUUGGAACCUGUACAGUAACUGGGCUCUUCUUGUGCGCUUAAUCGGUGGCCUGUCAGGGCGCACUCGAAAUGCAACCGAAGAAAGUGUGCCUUACAAUUGCUGGCGUAUCACAACGAUGGCCCGCUGUGUUGUCAAUUGUCGCCCUUGUUGCCUGGCAGUUUGUGUAUGCAUUGCUACUCUGCUUGGUAAUCGAUCCACGUACCCACAAUGUGCGACAGUUUGCUCCCCGCCAGUGCGUCUGGCGGCAGAUGCCAGAAUUCCAGUUUCGGCUGCGUUUCGACCAACAGGUGAUAAAGAUCAAGAAAUCAACACAAUGUCCACCACGGGGCUGCACCUGUCAGUACGCGUUGCACAUUGCAAAAGCAUUACAUCCUGGCAAGCGCAGCCCAACCGCUACUUGACAUCUCACAGUGGCACUGGCAGUCUCACCAUUUUCCAGUUCAAUAUGUCAAUCAAGAAGUCAAGAAAUAUUGCAUGUGAAGGCCAGGCAGUGCCUGUUAUCUUCUUUCGUUCAAGGCAAGCAGUGUCGGUGAUUUGUUCAAUGGCACACAAAGGUACUUCCAGAAGCUAG